GCCACUCAUAAGCCCACCAUAAACACAAUCGCCAAACAAAUUAUUUUGAUUUCAUUAUUCCAUGGAGGCCCCAACUUGGAUUGCCUAUGCAGCAGCAUGGCUAUCUACCAUUGCACUUAUCCUCAUUGCCAAACAUCUCCGCCGGAGAAAGCUUCAUCUACCGCCCGGUCCAAAGCCAUGGCCCAUCAUCGGAAACUUGAACCUCAUCGGCACCCUCCCUCAUCGUUCCGUCCACGAUUUGGCGCUCAAAUACGGCCCCAUAAUGCAGCUCCAGUUUGGGUCCUUCCCGGUGGUGGUCGGCUCCUCCGCAGAAAUGGCAAAGACUUUCCUUAAAACCAUGGACAUCAACUUCGUUGACAGACCCAAAACUGCGGCGGGAAAGUACACAACGUAUAAUUAUUCCGAUAUUGCUUGGUCCCCGUACGGCCCGUACUGGCGGCAGGCCCGGCGAAUGUGCCUCACGGAGCUAUUCAGCGCCAAGAGACUUGAAUCUUACGAGAACAUCCGCUCCCAGGAAUUGAAAUCCAUUCUCCGUGAACUCUACAACACAUCUUCUGCCCAGAAACCAAUUCUCUUGAGGGACUACAUGUCCACCUUGAGCUUGAACGUGAUCAGCUGGAUGGUGCUCGGGAAGAGUUACCUGAAUGAGUCUGAAGGAGCAAUUGUGAGCCCCAAUGAGUUCAGGAAGAUGUUAGACGAGCUGUUCUUGCUCAACGGGGUGUUGAACAUCGGCGAUUCCAUCCCCUGGAUCGAUUUCUUGGACCUGCAAGGGUACAUUAAGAGGAUGAAGGCAUUGAGCAAGAAAUUCGAUAGGUUUUUGGAGCAUGUUGUUGAUGAGCAUAAUGCUAGGAGAGUGGCAGAGGGGGACAGUUUUGUGGCUAAGGAUAUGGUGGAUCUUCUGCUCCAAUGGGCUGAUGAUCCUAGCCUGGAAGUCAAGCUUGAGAGGCAUGGAGUAAAAGCUUUCAUCCAGGACUUGCUCGCUGGUGGAACAGAGAACUCUACAGUGAUAGUGGAAUGGGCAAUUUCUGAGCUCCUAAAGAAGCCAGAGAUAUUCAAGAAGGCCACAGAUGAACUAGACCAUGUGAUUGGUCAAAAGAGAUGGGUUGAAGAGAAGGACAUGCCAAAUCUUCUAUACAUUCAAGCAAUAGUUAAAGAGACGAUGAGAUUGCACCCUGUGGCGCCGAUGCUGGUGGCACACCUUUGCCGCGAGGACUGCAAGGUUGCUGGCUAUGACAUUCCGAAAGGCACUCAAGUCCUGGUGAGCGUUUGGACCAUCGCAAGAGACCCGGUUUCAUGGGACAAACCGAAUGAAUUCAUUCCUGAUAGAUUCAUUGGAACGGACAUUGACGUGAAAGGAUGUCAUUUUGAGCUUUUACCAUUUGGUGCGGGGAGAAGAAUGUGUCCAGCCUAUAGUCUCGGACUCAAAGUCAUUCAAGCUAGCUUGGCUAACCUCUUGCAUGGGUUUAAUUGGAAAUUACCAAAUGAUGUAACUCCAGAAAAGCUCAACAUGGAUGAGAAUAUUGGACUUUCUACACGAAAGAAAAUCUCACUAACAACUGUCAUCGAGCCAAGGCUUCCAAUGCAUGUCUACUCUCUCUAGCUUGUACUGAUUUAGGAUGUCUUUGGUUAUAUUUUGUGCAAGCGUUUGAGUGUUACUAUGCAACUGUUCAAAUUAAUAAAGAAAUUU